GUCUAGCCUAUAUCCUGGCCACACCAAUGUUGUAGCUGUUUUACUUGUUACGCUUUUUUUUUUUUCAGACGUUUUUUUUUUUCGAUCGUUUGUCAAAUCGUCCGGAAAUUUCCUCGUUGGAAAUUUUUUUCUCAAUUCCGCCCUUUUCGGAUUGCUUUUGGAUUUAGCGUGCGCGUUCGCGACAAAAGCGUCGUCGUUUCUGUUUGGGUGUUUACAAUUAUUUGUUUUUUUUUUUCGUCGCCCGUUUAAAUACCGUUCCGGGUCGACCGCGUUUACCGAAAUCCGACAGGAAAAAAUGCGCGAAUACAAGUUGGUCGUUUUGGGCAGCGGCGGUGUCGGAAAAUCGGCUUUGACAGUGCAAUUCGUGCAGGGCAUAUUUGUUGAAAAGUAUGAUCCGACGAUAGAGGAUUCGUACAGAAAACAAGUGGAGGUCGAUAGCCAACAAUGCAUGUUGGAAAUUUUGGACACGGCCGGCACGGAACAAUUUACUGCCAUGCGCGAUCUCUACAUGAAGAAUGGCCAAGGAUUCGUGCUCGUCUACUCGAUCACUGCGCAAUCGACUUUCAACGAUCUACAAGACUUGCGUGAACAAAUCCUCAGAGUCAAGGACGCCGACGACGUUCCCAUGGUUUUGGUGGGAAACAAAUGUGAUUUGGAAGACGAACGGGUUGUCGGCCGAGAGCAAGGCCAACAGUUGGCUCGUACUUUCGGCUGCGCAUUCAUGGAGACUUCUGCUAAGCAACGCGUAAACGUCAACGAUAUAUUUUAUGAUUUGGUGCGGCAGAUCAACCGUAGGUCUCCCGACAAGGGCUCGAAAGGUAAAUCAAAGAAAAAGAGGUCGCUCUGUGUUAUAUUGUAAGAACGGAAUUGGCCAGGAUCAAAAUACGUAGGACGAGGACGAAAAGCUAGGUAGGAGGACCAAACACGGAUCUAGUAGGAUUGUGACCACCCUAUGAUGGAACUAUCUAUUUAUAAAUUGUAUACAUUUAAUUAUAUUUUGUAAAUAACUAUUUAUAAUAUUGUUUUAUCUUUUUAUUUAAUUUUAUUACGUAUAAUAUUAUGUUCUCCUUUUAAUAGAUACCGAGCACAUUUAAAUUAUUAUUAUUAUUAUUAUUAUUAUCCAAAUAACUUAUUGUAAAUAAUUUUAUUACGUCUAAACAAUAUAAUUAUUUCCAAUUUGUAA